AUGCACGUCGCCGUAGCCCACAUCAGCCUCCGGGUGCCCGAAAGCCGAAGCCUGAAAACCCGACGCCAGGCCGCCCGCAGCGUGAUCCAACGGAUCCGCAGCCGCUUCAACGUUUCGGUCGCCCAGGAUGCCGCCGCCGACGGCAAUGCGUGGCAGAGCCUUACCCUGGCGGUCUCCUGCGUGGGCGCCAGCGCGGAUCUCACCAGAUCCCUCGUCGACGACGUGGCGGCCUUCAUCGCCGAGGUGCGCCCCGACCUGGAACUCCUCGAUUACCAGAUCGAGGUCAUGAGCGGUUUCUAG